UUUUUUCUUGCGCCACAUUCGCAUAAAGAUUUUGAGGAGACUGUCAUUGGCACCUUUGUUUCUCUCUCAACCAGCAAAUCAAACACACACAUUCAUGCUACCUGCAACCCGUUUGAUUGCGCGAAGAGGUACGCGAUCCGCAUUAGUAGUGACCGGCCUUUGUCGUCGUUCAACGAAUAAAUCAUUAUCGGUUAGAUCUAUUUCUACUACAAUCAAUUCACAAUCAUUACAACAACAAUCUAAACGGAUAUCACCACCACUUUUACAAAAGUACGGCACAAUGUCCAAUAUGCACCCUUCUCGUUCUUUGGCCACUUCGGCUGCUCAACAACCUAAUCUGACAACGGGUGCCACUUUGGAACCACUACAAUCCUUACCUGAGGGAUACGAGAUACGGACAACAGUUGGAUCUUCAAAGGCUAGUGCACCAUACGCUGUUUAUACGGGAAAGAUGGAAAUGUCAUCCUUGGACGACAGAACAUACAGACUGCUUCGUCUUCAAAAUGGAUUGGAAGCUUUAGUCAUUCAAGAUCCCGAGACUGAUAAAUCCAGUGCUGCAAUGGACGUUCGUGUGGGGCAUUUAUCUGAUCCAAUCGAAUUGCAAGGACUUGCUCACUUUUGCGAACACUUGCUCUUCAUGGGAACUGAAAAGUAUCCAAGGGAAAAUGAAUAUAGCGAAUAUCUGUCCAACCAUUCAGGUAGUUCAAACGCAUAUACUGGCAUGGAGAAUACCAACUACUUCUUCGAUGUUGGACACAAGCAUUUAGAAGGAGCUUUAGAUCGAUUCGCACAAUUUUUCUUGCAACCUCUUUUCGACCCCAGCUGCACAGAGCGGGAGAUCAGAGCAGUUGACAGUGAACACAAGAAGAAUUUGCAAUCUGAUGCAUGGAGAGCAUUCCAACUAGACAAGAGCUUGAGUGAUCCCAAUCAUCCUUACAGCCAUUUUGGAACUGGUAACGCGAAAACACUUUGGGAUGAUCCACGCAACAAAGGGAUGGACGUUCGAGAUGAGUUACUCAAAUUCCAUGAUCGCUACUAUAGCGCUAAUGUGAUGAAGCUUGUCAUUUUGGGACGUGAAUCAAUUGAUACUCUGACGCAAUGGGCUGUAGACAAAUUUUCAGGUGUUCGCAAUAAAGGACUUGCAGCUCCUACUUUCCCUGCUAACCCACUCGGCCCUGAGCAAUUACAGACACAGGUCUUCUUCAGAAGUGUUAAGGAUAUCAGAUUGUUGGAUCUGUCGUUCCCCAUUCCUGAUCAAAGUCCUCUUUUCAGGACAAAGCCAGGUCAAUUCCUCUCACACUUUAUCGGUCAUGAAGGCCAAGGCUCAAUUUUGUCAUACUUGAAAGCACAAGGAUGGGCAAAUCACUUGAGCGCAGGAGCAAUGAAUGGUGCAGAUGGUUUCGAAUUUUUCAAGAUUUCUAUUGAUCUUACAGCAGAAGGCUUGACAAAUUAUGACAAAGUCGUUGCUGCUGUUUUCCGAUAUGUUGACUUGCUGAAACGGUCACCCGUUCCGGAAUGGUCUUUCAAGGAAGUGCAGCAAUUGUGUGACCUUGCUUUCCGUUUCAAGGAGAAGCAACCGCCAAGCAGCUAUACUUCAGGCCUUUCCAGCCAAUUGCAAUUACCAUACCCUCGUGAAUGGGUCCUUUCAGGUCCCUUCUUGGCACGCGAAUUUGACCCUCAACAGAUUCGAGAGGUCACAGAACGUCUUUCCCCCUCCAAUUGCCGCAUUUCCAUCGCAGCUCAAGCUAUGCCUGAUGGAAGUCAAGGCUGGGAUAUGAAAGAGCGAUGGUACGGAACAGAAUACAAGGUGACACCACUGAAGAGCACAGAAACAUCUGUAGACGCGAACGCAAUGUCUUUGCCUCAACCCAACUCUUUUAUUCCAACUACAUUUGAUGUUCCCGGUGCACCGACUCGUGGCCACCAGAAGCCAAGACCUUCAUUACGACCAGUCUUGGCUCAAAAUUCUCCUCUUUCUCGUUUGUGGCACAAGAAAGAUGAUCAAUUCUUCCUCCCAAAAGCAAACGUGUUCUUGAUCCUGCGAAGUCCAUUGAUCGAUGCUUCUCCUAACAAUGCAGUUCGCUGCCGUAUGUUGGUGGAGCUCAUCAAGGAUGCUUUGACGGAAUACUCGUAUGAUGCUGAAUUGGCCGGAUUGGGUUACAAUAUCGAAUCACAAGGUGAUGCGAUCGGAUUGUCAGUGGACGGAUACAAUGACAAGUUGCCUGUCUUGCUUCGCUAUAUUCUCGAACAAUUUGCUAGCUUCAAGGUUGACAAGGACCGAUUCGAGAUCAUCAAGGAUCAAGUUCGAAGAGGAUAUCAAAAUUUCCGCUUGGAAGCACCCUUCCAGCAUGCUAAUUACUACACCUCGUACUUGACCGCUGAACGUAUCUGGAACGCGGACGAAAAGUUGAGCGAGAUGGAACACAUCACUGCGGAAGACGUACAGCAAUUCCUGCAUGAAGUUCGGGCACGCUUGCAUUUGGAGAUGCUUGCACACGGAAACAUUGAUCGUGAAGAAGCAAAGAAGCUGCUGAACUUGUCGGAAACCAUCCUUGGACCGCGUCCAUUGGCACCUACUGAGCAAAUCGGAGCAAGAAGUCUAAUUUUGGAGCCAAACACGAAUGCACGCUAUGCGAUUGCUGUGCCGAAUGAAAAGAACGUGAACUCUAGUAUCGAAUACUAUUGUCAAGUUGGGGAUCCGGAAGAUGUUCCAACACGAGCAACUUUGUCACUUUUGAGUCAAAUUGCACAAGAACCUGCUUUCGAUCAAUUGCGCACGAAGGAACAACUUGGUUACCUGGUCUUUAGCGGUGUAAGAAAAUCGAUUGGAUCGAUGGGAUUCCGUAUUAUUGUGCAAAGUGAACGAUCAUCGGAUUAUCUCGAAAGUCGAAUUGAUGAAUUUUUCCGUGUAAACAUGCAUGGACUUUUGCAAAAGAUGACAACGGAAGAAUUUGAAGCACAAAAAGAAAGUUUGAUUCGCAAAAAGAUGGAAAAGGUGAAGAACUUGUUUGAUGAAAGUAGUCGUUAUUGGUUCCACAUCUUUAGUGGAUAUAAUGACUUCUUGCAACGUCAAACUGAUAUCGAAGCUUUGCGCAAGAUCACAAAGGAUGAUGUCGUUCGAUUGUUUGAAAGGUACAUUUGGCCAGAAAGUAAGGAGGGUAGAAGUAAAUUGACCGUGCAUGUUCAAAGUCAGAUUCAAAUGCCACGCUUCUCUACGGAGGCAUACGAUGCAUUCGCCGAACAAGCACAAGCUAAGGGUUGGACAGAUGCAAUUUCUGAAGACAUUGCCAAGCAAAUUCGUGGACAAGAAAUGAGCUUGGAGAUGGUGAAAGGAUUGAUUGUUCGUGAUGAGUCUGCACCUAAUGCAGCUGAAGUCACAGCUCUCUUGGACGAACUUGCUGCUAAGCACCCCGUUCAACAAGAUGAUACCAAAUUGGUCAGACAUAAUCCCAAAGAGCAAAAUGUCAAUAUCGAUCAAGCUGUUCAUUUCAAAGCAAGCUUACGACCAAGCAAGGCUGCCGUUUCUGUUCGCUCGUUUGAGGAAUUGAGUGCUGAGCCUUCAGCCGAGGAACAUGCAUUGGCAGAUGAGGAGAUCGAACAGAGCAAUAAGCCUGUUUCUGCAAAUUUGUAGUACCCACCACCGCUUUCUAGUUUUUCAUUUGCAAUAUUUAACACACACACCUUUUAUUUGUACAAGAGCUUGUCAAUCAGUAAAAUAUAGAAUUCCAUGGAAUUUGAUGAAAAAAAGUAGUGAAAUUGUGUGUUUACUGUUGUUGUUGUGUAGCUUGUGUUUCAACUCCUCUCAAUGCAUCUUUUGCUUUCCAAUACUCUCUUUGCUCUGCACCCAUUCCACCCGAAAGAGCACCGCCUAAUCGUUCAUCUUUGUAUCUCUUCCAAUCUUCCGGUUUAUCACGACGGUAAGCUGCCCAUUUUUCAUAUUCUUUUGGG